AUGCCGCCAAUGCAUCGGUUCCAACCGAACCUAGGCUUUCGCCCGGAGACAGCACCAAACCCCCGCGGGAGCAGGGAAGUGUCGGCAUACCUCAGCGGCGCCUCCAAGGAGGGAAACGACGCCCACGGGAGCCGUCGCCGCCGGCACCGGCCAAGCGGGAUAGACUUUCGUCCGAUGCCGUACCCCGCCCACGCUGCCCGCCGAAUUGGGGCCGCUGAUCUUGUUAUCCACACCGCUGCCACCACAGCACUUUGUCGCUGUAGCCUCACCAAGGUGCUCCACCAGCUCCCGGCAUCGCCAAGGAGAACACACUCCGAGCUCCACCUCCAGCCUAGACACGCACAGCAGCAGGCACCACCGACCCUCCGGCUCCAGCAGAAGUCGCCUGCGCUCAGGCCCACAACCACCCGGCCCGAAACCCAGAUCGGGCCCAAGAAGGACCCAGAUCCGGGCCCUGGACCUCCGGACCCUCCUCCUCAUCGGCGCCAUCGGGGGAACGAGGACGCGCAUCCUCCUCCUUGGCCGCCGGCCGGCCUCCGCUGCCCCAGGACUCCCCUGGACGCACUCCACGCCGCCGCCGUCACCGCCCCCGUCCAGCACCGAGGCUCCACCGCGCGCCGCCGCCGCCGCGUCCACCGCCGAGAUGCUCCGCGCCUCCCCGCCGUAGCCCGCGAAGCCUCGCGCCGCCGACCGCUCUCGCCCACCGCGCCGCCCAUGGCGUCCCGCCUCCGCACGUCUGGGGCCCGCUCGGCGCGCCCGCCCUCACCCGCCGUCUUCGACGGCCAUGCGUGGCCGCCACCGCCGGCUCCCGGCGGCGGCAGCGGCUGUGGGAGGAGAUCCGGCGGCUGGUUUUAG